CUCUUCACCUAGUCAGAGACCUCACUGCUAAGACCAGUUUGCCAAGGGGGAAUUAAGUCUCCUUUACCUCUUCACUACUGCGAUUACAAAAGCAACUGAAGUACGGCGACCCCUUUGUGGAGUUACUGUCUGCACUCACGGAAGCACCACUUCCGCUGACGUCAUCACGGCGACACGUGGAUCCAAGAUGGAGGCGGCGGUGCAGGUUUGGUGGCUAAGGUUCCUGCUGCUUCUCUGUCUCACGUGUAAAACAAGCACCUUCUAUGUCCCUGGAGUCGCACCAAUCAACUUCCACCAAAACGACCCAGUAGAGAUCAAGGCUGUGAAGCUUACCAGCUCUAGAACCCAGCUUCCUUACGAGUACUACUCAUUGCCCUUCUGCCAGCCCAGAAAGAUAACCUACAAGGCAGAGAAUCUGGGAGAGGUGCUGAGAGGGGACCGGAUUGUCAACACCCCUUUCCAGGUUCUCAUGAACAGUGAGAAGAAGUGUGAAGUUCUAUGCAGCCAGUCCAACAAGCCAGUGACGCUGUCAGUGGAGCAGAGCCGGCUGGUGGCCGAGCGCAUCACAGAAGAGUACUACGUCCACCUCAUUGCUGACAACCUGCCUGUGGCCACCCGGCUAGAGCUGUACUCCAGCAACCGUGACAGUGAUGACAAGAAGAAAGAAAAAGAUGUGCAGUUUGAACAUGGCUACCGACUUGGCUUCACAGAUGUCAAUAAGGUCUACCUGCACAAUCACCUCUCCUUCAUCCUUUAUUACCACCGGGAAGACAUGGAAGAGGAUCAGGAGCACACAUACCGUGUCGUGCGCUUCGAGGUGAUUCCCCAGAGCAUCAGGCUGGAGGACCUCAAAACAGAUGGGAAGAGUUCAUGUACCCUACCCGAGAGUGCCAGCUCCUCACCCCAAGAAAUUGACCCCACUAAGGAGAAUCAGCUGUACUUCACCUACUCUGUGCACUGGGAGGAAAGUGACAUCAAAUGGGCCUCUCGAUGGGACACUUACCUGACCAUGAGUGAUGUGCAGAUCCACUGGUUCUCUAUCAUCAACUCUGUCGUGGUGGUCUUCUUCCUGUCAGGCAUCCUCAGCAUGAUCAUUAUCCGGACCCUGCGGAAGGACAUCGCCAACUACAACAAGGAGGAUGACAUUGAAGACACCAUGGAGGAGUCCGGGUGGAAGCUUGUGCACGGGGAUGUCUUCAGGCCUCCUCAGUACCCCAUGAUCCUCAGCUCUCUGCUGGGCUCAGGCAUCCAGCUCUUCUGCAUGAUCCUCAUCGUCAUCUUUGUGGCCAUGCUUGGGAUGUUGUCGCCCUCCAGCCGGGGAGCCCUCAUGACCACUGCCUGCUUCCUCUUCAUGUUCAUGGGGGUAUUCGGUGGAUUUUCUGCUGGCCGUCUCUACCGAACUCUAAAAGGUCAUCGGUGGAAGAAAGGAGCCUUUUGUACGGCGACACUGUACCCUGGUGUGGUUUUCGGCAUCUGUUUUGUGUUGAAUUGCUUCAUCUGGGGAAAGCACUCUUCAGGAGCGGUACCAUUUCCCACCAUGGUGGCUUUGCUGUGUAUGUGGUUCGGGAUCUCCUUGCCUCUCGUCUACUUGGGCUACUACUUUGGCUUUCGCAAGCAGCCAUAUGACAACCCUGUGCGCACAAACCAGAUUCCCCGGCAGAUCCCUGAACAACGGUGGUACAUGAACCGAUUUGUGGGCAUCCUCAUGGCUGGGAUCCUGCCCUUUGGUGCCAUGUUCAUUGAGCUGUUCUUCAUCUUCAGUGCAAUCUGGGAGAACCAGUUCUAUUACCUCUUCGGUUUCCUGUUUCUCGUUUUCAUCAUCCUGGUGGUGUCCUGUUCCCAAAUCAGCAUCGUCAUGGUAUACUUCCAGCUGUGUGCAGAGGAUUACCGCUGGUGGUGGAGGAAUUUCCUCGUCUCAGGGGGAUCUGCAUUCUACGUCCUGGUUUAUGCCAUCUUUUAUUUUGUUAACAAGCUGGACAUCGUCGAGUUCAUCCCUUCUCUCCUCUACUUCGGCUACACCGCCCUCAUGGUCCUGUCCUUCUGGCUGCUCACAGGAACCAUUGGCUUCUAUGCAGCCUACAUGUUUGUCCGCAAGAUCUAUGCUGCUGUGAAGAUAGACUGAGUGGGACCAACGCUAGGCCCACUCCAUCCUCGGACAGGAAGCCACCCUGCGCGGGGCACUGCAGCACACAAAAUAAAAGAACUCCUGCUCAUUUGGAAUGUAACUCCUGGCACAGUGUUCCUACAUCCCCAGGCUGCAAGGGGGCAGGAGGGCCUGUAGAUAAACCUUGCAUUUCCUUCAUCUCAUCCAGUCUGUAGGGAUAUGUUUUUCUGUGGGUUUUUCUUCAGCUAAGAGUCGCCUUCAACAGGAGCUUUCUGACCUGUUAAUUCAGGUUCUUUUUGGUUUGUUUGGCUUUUUUUUUUUUUUUUUUUUUUAAAUACAGGAUGGAUAAAUGUGGGGUUUUGGUCACUGUCCCCAUCAGCUCCUCAGAGUUGUUGGCCACCCUACCACUAACUGGAAGAGGGAACGAAUGCCAGGGCUGCAGUGAGGCUCCACGCCUCAUCCAUCCUCACCAGUGAUGACACGACACAGCACAGCUGCAGCCCGGACAGCAACCUCAGUGCCAACCAAGCCCUGCCAGCCCCUCCUCCCAUUCUCUUCCACAGCCUGCCCUCCACCGCCCAAACAGGGCUGCCAGCCAGGCCUUGGGUCAUCGAUUUGACCAGGAGCACUUGGUCACUACAAGGACAUGCCCUGGUUCCCUGGGAGAGCAGGAUCCCCUCAUCAGAGCAGCUGGAGUUUGCUGACCACCAAGGAAGAGAUGAGACCUGCAGUGACUGUUCUCGUGCCAAGAAGCCUUGGGUCAGGGCCAAGUGUUUCCAGAGCCAAGCACCCGUAUGUGUGUGGGAAGAGGUGGCUAAAGCCACUAGGGUGCUCACCCCUCAAGAUUGCUCCCCAGUCUUUUCCUCAGCGGGUGCCACUCUUUCUCAAGGGUGAUGGUGGACCUCUUCUUCCCUCACUUUCAGGUCUGGAUUCCUCAGAUCUCUUCCUUGAGGUGGCCAAGGAGAGGCACUCUCUCCUCAUGGUCCCUGGCCCCGGCAUUUAUACUCAGUUCUUUUAGCCAGACUCACCCCCUCUUCCUCCCAUGCAAGUUCUUUUGGGGACACCCAGAAAACUUCACUGAGAAGGAAGGUGAAAGGUAAGUUGGAUUGCUCCUUUCCCAGUUCCUAGGAAUAGGCAAGAAGCCAGUCUCUCCGAGUUGGCAGGAGGCUCACCUACCUGGCCUUGCUCCUCCACGCUCCCCCCCCCCCCCCCAGCCCCUGCAAGCCCUGGGCAAGUCAAAGACUUUGCUCUUAAGCAGCAGGAGACCAAACCCGCCUGGAGUGUAGAUGGGGUCAAUAACAGCCACUCGCCCUCGCUCCACUGUUUUGGGAACCUGCCAGGAGAACAAAGCUCAGGACGCUGCUUGUGCUAGGACCGCACCCUGCCCUCACUUCCCCAGCCUCCUGGGGCCUUGCCCCAUCAGUCAAAUCAGUGAACCUCUCAACCUUGCCUCGCAGCGACUCCACAGCACCAAGCGGCAUCCACCAAGAGUCAGGCUGGAGAAAAGGGAGCCCAAAGAGUAGAGAGUGACUGAGAGUUACAUGUUCAUUAAAUCUUGCAUUUACCCCCCUAAGGGUCUCAUUUUGGGGGCAGUGUGGGGCAAAGGUUCAAACAUUGUCAAUUUUUCUGACUUUUUAAAUCAUCAUCAUUAUUUUUAAUUAAAAAAAAAUGCCUGUAUGCCUUUUUCUGGCCCUUGUAAAUAAAAUGCCAUUGUCCUGUUA